CUACUUCUUCUUCUCUCCGCUCCACAGUCAGUAGCAGCAGCCUUCCCUCUCCGGCAGCAAUACUGCAGCAGGCAGUCCGUGUGCGGAGCAGGUGGAGCUAGUGACAUGCAGGGGCUGUGGCUUCUCUCAGGCUCCGCUUUCCCCUUGCACUGGCCAAGCCUGACUCUGGGCGGGCAGAUGGCGUUAGAGGUUGGGCUUUUCCCGCACUGAAAGCCGCUGCUGCUUGGGAGGCCCCUGUUCAUUGCUUCUGCCUCUCGCUGCUGUCGCAAGCGGCAUCACUUUGCCCGUGGAUCGCAGGAUCGCCGACCUCUGCAGUGAUUGCUCAGGGAACAGGAUCCUUGCUCCAUUGACGGAUUCCAACAUUUGCCUAAAUUCUGAAGCCAAGCCAGUACCAUAGCUCCUUUGCACAAUCAUAACCUGCAAACAGAAAGAUGUAUCUCAGACCAAGAGGGUAGUCUAUUUACUGUUUUGAUGACAGAAUAGAAGAAAUGAUUUGAUCAUUAAGCGUUUUCUCAACUGAACUUUGACAGAAACACUUAAAUGCGUGGGUUCAUAUAAUAACAGCCAAAGGACAAGAAUACCAAUUACCCUUGCUGAGUAGCAGUUAUAUUAAACUGUACGAAAUACAAUGAAAUUAUUCAGACUUCAAGACAAUGAAAAAUAAUUAGUAGCAACAUUUCAGAUAUUUUUAAAUAUCCGGGAAAUUCUUUUUUUUACUUUUGUGUAUUAUUAUGUUACCUUUUGUGGAUUACAAAAUGAUAAACAAAAUAGGAACACUGGUUGAACACUUUGCCUAGAAGACCAAAGAAAUAAUGGCUUCAAAGGUCUCAUGUUUAUAUAUCUUGACAGUUGUAUGCUGGGCAAGUGCCUUGUGGUAUCUAAGUGUUACUCGCCCAACGUCUUCAUACACAGCCCACAGAGUAGGCAAUGUAGCCAUUAUUCAAAAAAAUGUUACAUUUGGAAACAUAAGAACUCGACCUAUAAACCCACAUUCUUUUGAAUUUGUUAUAAAUGAGCCAGAAAAAUGUGGAAAUGACAGUCCUUUCCUGGUGAUACUUAUAAGCACAACCCAUAAGGAAUUUGAUGCAAGACAAGCAAUUCGAGAAACCUGGGGAAAUGAAAGCAACUUUAAAGGAAUUAAAAUCAUCACGCUUUUUCUUUUAGGCAAAAACUCAGAUCCAGUCUUAAAUCAGAUGGUUGAACAAGAAAGUCAGAUCUUUCAUGAUAUUGUUGUAGAAGACUUCAUAGACUCCUACCAUAACCUGACUCUCAAAACACUGAUGGGCAUGAGGUGGGUAGCUACUUUCUGCUCAAAAGCAAAGUAUGUCAUGAAAACAGACAGUGACAUUUUUGUAAAUAUGGAUAACCUGAUUUAUAAGUUACUGAAACCCACCACAAAGCCUCGGAGAAGAUACUUUACUGGAUAUGUCAUAAAUGGAGGACCUAUAAGGGAUGUUCGGAGUAAGUGGUACAUGCCUAGAGACUUGUACCCAGAAAGCAAUUACCCUCCUUUCUGUUCAGGAACUGGCUAUAUUUUUUCUGCUGAUGUUGCAGAACUCAUUUAUAAAACUUCUCUUCAUACCAGACUUUUGCAUCUUGAAGAUGUCUACGUAGGGCUUUGUUUACGGAAGCUUGCUAUUCACCCAUUUCAAAACAGUGGCUUUAAUCAUUGGAAAAUGGCCUACAGCUUGUGUAGAUACCGUCGGGUAAUCACAGUGCAUCAGAUAGGUCCUGAAGAAAUGCACAGGAUUUGGAAUGACAUGUCAAGCAAGAAGCAUCUUCGAUGUUAAGACAUUUAGAUGACUAUUUUUAUUAUUGAGAUGGAUGGCAGAUAUUUUGAUAUGCUGGUAACAGAGGAGAAAAAAGCAGAAACGUGAUUGGAUUUUUUACAGUGCUUGUCUAUUUCCCUUUACCCUUUUGCAAUCUGCUGUAUAUAGAGAUUUGACAUACUGACUAGAGAGCAUCAGAAGCAACAACUGUCUAAAAUUUACUUCUUGUUUUGAUCCAGUAUUUACGAAAAUGCAAUUGUCAAUUCAUGAAUCUGAUGUAGUUUAGUUAAUGAACCUGGAAUUUAAUGUUGAGUGCAUACACACAUACAAAUGUAACACCCUUAUUCAAAGGCAACACGUCCUGUUUCAUGGGAUCCCUAUACAGUAUUUUUGUCAGCUAAAACAAAUAGACACUUAUCUGUCUAUAUACCAUACUACAAUGUUUAUACAAAUAAAGGUUCGAAGGAUCGGCAACACAAAAAAAAGUUUGCAUUAAUAUUCCAGUAAGUCAUACCCAAAUUCUAGAAAAAUUGUAUUUUUGGAGCCAAAGCCCUGUUUUUAUUUUAGCUUGCAUAUUAUUGCCUCUGUAAAUGCUAAUGUGUUGUAUUCAGUCCUGGAGCCAGUGGAUCUUGUUUAUUAAAGGGCACAUUUUCUUGUCAAACACCCUAUGAUUUUGUGGCAACAUUGAAUAUUUGCUUAAAAUCACUUAUUCCAUUGUGAGCAAAAUAUACAAAAUUUUUACUGGUAUAAAAUUCUCUGUAUACAUUCACCAGUGUAUGAAACCCAUAAAAUACAUAGGAGAAUUUAAGUCAUAAAGAAAUUAUGUACAGUAUAUGGGAUAUUAACAUCAAGAUAAUAAUAUGUAGAUAUUGAGAUGCAGAAUUAGCUGUUCUGUCUUUAUAAUGGUAUCUCACAGGCAUGAACCUGGAGAAAUUAUUCUUUGUGAAAACAGUCCUUUGAGCUUUUGAUUAAUUGGCAGAUUGUUGAACUUUCACACUGGCAUAAUUUCGAAUGGUGAAAAGAUUUGACUGUGUGCCAGUGCAAAGUUAGUUUGACAAAACCUUUAGUACUCACCUUUUAGCAAGUUGCCAAUGUCAUAUAUAGAACAUAAAGCAGGAUGCGGCACUCACAGAGACUUUA